UACUUGGUGGGUUUAGGUACCCGCGCUGACACCCAACAUCUCUAGUCUCUACAACCCUCGGCGGCCGACCACUCCACCCCCAACCUCGCGUUGUUUCGAGUAUCUGCCUUUUUGAUAGAAGCACUAGUAACAAGCGUGCUGCGAGCUAUUACUCCCAUCACACGAGGGGAGGUACACAGGAGCCCAUUCCCAGGAAAUUCAGCACUCAUCCUCCUCUCCCUGCACUUCUGAUUUGUAUUGUACCAAAGCAAAAAACAUGCUGCUCCAAGCUCAUUGUCAGUGAUAGUAUUCCUUGUUAAUAUUGUGAACUGCGAGGUAUUUAAAGCAUGGGCAAAGCUUCAAGGGAUAAGAGGGAUAUCUACUAUCGUAAAGCAAAAGAAGAAGGUUGGCGUGCUCGAAGUGCCUUCAAACUCCUUCAGAUUGAUGAGGAAUUCAACAUAUUUGAAGGGGUCAAGCGUGUGGUAGAUCUAUGUGCAGCCCCUGGUAGCUGGAGUCAGGUUUUGAGUCGUAAGUUGUUUCUCCCAGCAAAGCUUUCACCUGCCUCAAGGGAUGGUGAUCUUCCUCUUAUUGUGGCGAUUGAUUUGCAGCCCAUGGCUCCAAUUGAAGGGGUGAUUCAAGUCCAGGGUGAUAUAACAAAUGCUCGUACAGCUGAACUGGUCAUUAGGCAUUUUGAUGGAUGCAAGGCUGACCUGGUUGUGUGUGAUGGUGCUCCUGAUGUUACCGGGCUUCAUGAUAUGGAUGAAUUUGUCCAGUCCCAACUUAUUCUUGCGGGUUUAACAAUUGUUACUCAUGUGCUUAAAAAAGGUGGAAAAUUUAUUGCAAAGAUAUUUCGGGGAAAAGAUACUAGUCUCCUUUAUUGCCAGCUGAAAUUAUUCUUCCCUAUAGUAACUUUUGCAAAACCGAAAAGCAGCCGUAAUUCCAGCAUAGAGGCAUUUGCAGUUUGUGAAAAUUAUUCUCCUCCUGAAGGAUUUAAUGAGAAAGAUUUGCAUCGCCUUCUAGAAAAGGUGGGAAGUCCAUCAGGAGCAGACGAUCUAGAUUGCAGAAGCGGGUGGUUGGAAGGGCCAAAUAAGGUGUACAUUCCAUUUUUGGCUUGUGGAGACCUCAGUGGGUAUGACUCAGACCAGUCAUAUCCUCUUCCCAAAGUUGCUGAAGGAACUUACCAGAGCUUGGAUCCUGUACAGCCCCCAAUUGCUCCUCCUUAUAAGAGAGCUCUAGAACUAAAGAAAGCUUCCAGUCAUGGAAUUCGAGAGCUAGAAAGGCUCUCCCUGGAUUCUUGAUUUUAUAUUUAUUACUUCCACAUAGUUAUCCAUUCAUAAAAGUAUUGGAAUGUGGUGAAGUUGGUAACUGAGUUGAAAUGAUAGAUAAUGAUUGCAAUUGACACAGAACAAUUCAUUCAAGACUUUUAUUUAAUGAAUUGUUGGCAGCUAUUGGGUCACGGAUUCUCAACUGUCUCAGAUGAUCUUUGGCUUGAUGGGUGUUUUUGUUUCUCGUGUAAUGUGAUAUACUAAAUUCCAAUGGGGAGUGACAUGGUUCCCACUCUCUUUCAUAAACUAGCAAUAUAAUUUUACAUGUGGCCUUAUUGCUACGUUUUCCCCGUA